AUGGCUGCAAGGGUGCAGGCGCAGAACAAGACGCCGGACUAUCGCAUGUACAAGGCCGCACCACCACGGAAGCCCGUGGCCGGCCACGCCGGCUUGCAGUUUCAGCCCGCAGAGGCUUCUAGUCCGCAGCAACAAGGACCAGACGCCCCUAAUUUCGACAAAGCUGGCUACGCUCACCAGCGCAACAGAACUAGCUCCUCCAACGUCCUCCCCUACGCUGGCUCGAACCACCACCACCACUACAAUAAUUUUCACCCUCAAAAACACCAUCACGGCCAAUUUCUUCACCGCCCGUCCCAACAGCACACGCAAGCGCCUGCGACGCCUUCCGCGGGGCCGACUCGCACCCUUUCAAAUGCCACUUCCUCGACCAAUUCUACCGGCAACAAUUAUCUAACCCAGACGAUGUCCAGCGUUUCGUCCGACAUCCAGCGCAGCGCCUCGUCGCGGUCUGCCGCCGUCCCUCUCAGUUAUGUUGCUCUCAUGAGACGUCAAAAGGGUACCGUCUGGUGCGACCGGGCACAGCCUGAGGAUCCCCGUCUGCAAUCACAGAAGCGAGCUGCCAAACAAAGGGCAUACUUGGAACUUAACGGCGCCUCAGGACGCACAGGUACGCUUGCGAGUGGCAAGAUCAGACAUCAAAGUGGAAAAGCAGGCCCGGCGUAUUCGCCCUCAACCCUGGUUGGCGCGACCGUCCCUGUUCGGCUGAGUGCGAACGAGGUGGGUGACGAUGAUGAAGACGACCACUCCCACCGCCGCGCAUCUGGAAGCGCGAGGAGCUCUCUGGGGAGCAUGCACCGCUAUCCUAGUGGCUACCAGCGACCUCCAGGCAAAACGCCGCCCAAUGAGCAGGCUAACAUUCCCGAAGUUGCUGAAACUGCUCCUGUGGGUGAGAACCAAGGCUAUGAUAGCAGUGGACAUUCAUCAUUGCAAAAGGACCACGAAGCAGCAUAUCAAGAAACGCACCCUGAGAACGACUUUGGUGACAUUGGCGAAAUGGCUGCUCCUCCCGCAGCUGACACCGCCAUGCAAAAAGUCAACAAGGCCGACGAUCUUCGACGACGUGGUAGUGUGGACGACCGAACUACAAGCCUGACCGGAGUGAGAUUGUUUGUCGCCAAUCCCGACCAGGAUGACUGA